AUGAGCCUUCCCGCCGCUCAAAUCACCACCCAACACCUUUCUCCACCGCCGCACGAUCCCCCUUCCCACCACCGCCGCCGUUUAUCCUUCAAACCCUCCCAAAACAACAGCGCCCCAAACUCACCUCCCGACCCCACCACCGCCUCAUGGACCUCAUCCAUCGCCCGCCACUGCAAAAACGGCGAUUUAUCUCAAGCCAUUCUCCAAUUCACCUGCAUGCGCACAUCCGGCUGUGAACCGAACCACAUAACCCUCGUCACCCUCCUCUCUGGCUGCGCCCGCUUCCCGGCCCGUGGCCUCUCGCUCGGGCCCUCCGUCCAUUGCUACGCCUGCAAAAUCGGGUUGGACACCACCGACGUGAUGGUCGGGACGGCCGUGGUCGACAUGUACUCCAAAUUCAGCCAGAUGGGCUCGGCCCGAUUGGGCUUCGAUCGCAUGAAAGCCAAGAACAGGGUCUCGUGGAAUACAUUAAUCAAUGGAUACAUGAGGAACGACGAGUUUGAUGAGGCAGUCCAGAUGUUCGACAAAAUGCCCGAAAGAGACAUAGUUUCUUGGACUGUGUUGAUUGAUGGAUUUGUUAAAAAGCAAAGGUUUGAGGAGGCAUUGAGUUGGUUUAAAGAGAUGCAGAUGUCUGGAAUACCUCCCGAUUUCGUGACCAUUGUAUGCGUUCUUUCCGCCGUUGCUAAUUUGGGCUCGCUUGGUUUGGGCCUUUGGGCCCAUCGAUUCUUGCUGGGUUUUGAAUCCAUUAGGGACAACAUUCGGGUCCAGAAUGCAUUGAUCGAUAUGUACUGCAGGUGUGGAUGUGUGGAAUUCGCUCGUCAGGUGUUUGACAAAAUGUCCGAAAGAAGCUUAGUUUCUUGGAACUCGAUCAUAGUGGGUUUGGCGUACAACGGGCAUGCAGACGAGGCUUUGGAUUAUUUUCGUUUGUUGCAAAAGGACGGAUUUGCCCCCGACAGUGUGAGCUUUACGGGUGCACUCAACGCAUGCAGCCAUGCAGGAUUUGUAGAAGUCGGGCUAAAGUUAUUCGAGUCCAUGGAAAAAAUUUACAAAAUAAAACCAAGAAUCGAGCACUAUGGAUGUUUGGUGGAUUUAUAUAGCCGUGGAGGGAGAUUGAAGGAGGCGCUUCACGUGCUCGAUAAAAUGCCCAUGAAGCCUAACGAGGUUAUUGUUGGGUCACUUUUGGCUGCUUGUAGAGAUUGUGAAGAUUUUGACUUGGCCGAACAGCUGAUGGAAUAUAUUUACGAUUUCGUCCCUAAUGGGGAUUCUAAUUACGUGCUGAUGUCGAAUAUUUAUGCUGCCAGGGGUAGGUGGCGAGGUGCAAGUGGGGUGAGGAGGAUAAUGAAGGCUGUUGGGCUUCAAAAAAGGCCCGGGAUUAGUUCGGUUGAGGUUGAUGGGAUUAUUCACGGGUUUAUGGCGGGGGAUAAAUCACAUGAUGAUGCUGAUAGUAUAUAUUUGAUGCUCGAAUGUUUGUCGAAUGAGGUUAAGACGUUCAAAUGUGCUUCGGAAGGUAUUUUUAGUCUAGUAGAGCAUGAGUUGUAA